AUGUUUGCUCGUCAGGCUUUCCGCAGCGCUCAGCCCUUGAAGCAGGGCUUCCGCAAGUACUCCACUGAGAGCGCGCCCAAGAAGGCCAAUCUGACCCCCAUUUAUGUCGCUGUUGGUCUCGCUGGUGUCGGUGCUGGUCUGUACCGCUACAGCUCCGACUCAAGCUCAGUGCCCGCCGCGAUCAAGCUCGAGGACCGCCCCAAGGUCUUCAACGGCGACUGGGUGGAUCUCAAGCUUGCCGAGAUUGAGAUUCUGAGUCACAACACGAAGCGAUUCCGCUUCGAAUUCGACGACCCCGAGGCCGUCUCCGGUCUCCCCGUUGCCUCUGCCUUGCUGGCCAAGUUCAAGCCCGCAGAUGCCGAGAAGCCUGUCCUCCGUCCCUACACUCCCACCAGCGAUGAAGACACCCCUGGUUAUCUCGAGCUCGUUGUCAAGGCCUACCCUGGCGGCCCCAUGUCCGAGCACCUGCACUCCAUGAAUGUGGACCAGCGCCUGUCACUCAAGGGUCCCCUUCCCAAGUACCCCUGGGAGGCCAACAAGCACGACCACAUCACCUUGAUCGCCGGUGGUACCGGUAUUACCCCCAUGUACCAGCUGGCUCGUCGUAUUUUCAAGAACCCGGACGACCGCACCAAGGUGACCUUGGUGUUUGGUAACGUCAGUGAGGACGACAUCCUCCUGAAGAAGGAGCUCGAGGAUCUGGAGAACACCUACCCUCAGCGCUUCCGCGCGUUCUACGUCCUGGACAACCCCCCCGAGGGCUGGACCGGUGGCAAGGGCUACAUCACCAAGGACUUGCUGAAGACUGUGAUGCCCGAGCCCAAGGAGGAGAACAUCAAGAUCUUCGUCUGCGGUCCUCCUGGUCUGUACAAGGCCAUCAGUGGUCCCAAGGUCAGCCCCAAGGACCAGGGUGAGCUGACGGGUAUCCUGAAGGAGUUGGGCUACACCAAGGAGCAGGUGUUCAAGUUUUAG